AAGGAAAACAGCCGACGAAGCUCGUCACGCGGAGCCACCGCUCCCUCUCGCCGGCGCCGACACAUGGGCCAGGCCCUGCGCCGCGCCUCGGGGCGCCUGAGGCCUCCGCCCCCGGCGAGGCCCCCGGCCGCUCAUCCUCCCCCGCCUCCACCACGGGCCGCACCGGCGGCCGCUGCUGGCGGUGGCGGAAGUCCUCCCCAAGAUCGGCUCGACGUGUCACAGGAUGCUGUUACACCAUCAACAAAAGAUGCCCAUGGUGUACUUGUAGAACGUGAUCCAAGUUAUGAUGACAUGCUUAAGCACAUGGUUGGGAGAAUCACUACUAAGCCUGGAGGAAAGCCAGAAAUGGGUGAAGCUUCCGUCGUAGAGCGAUACAACAGGCCGCUUCCUAAGGUGAGAACAUCCGAAGCCGAACCUGGGCAGAGCAGGCAGCUACCUCCAGGAACCCUGAACGUCGGGCACAUCCAGGAGAUCAUCCUGCUGUACCAAGGAAAGUCCAGUAGCCACCGCGGCCCGAUGAGCGUGGACCAGAUCGCCUUGAGGUUCAGAGUCGAAGCCUCCGUGGUCCAUGGAAUCGUGCAGUUUGUCUCGUUGCCGCAGGAUGAAGGCAUCGAAAAGAAAGACGAACGGCGGGACCUUUGAGCGGAUCUGUCAACAUGGUGGAGAUUGUUCAUGCUCCCAAAAUGAGUUGCGUAGAGGACAACUGGACAGACAAGUUUCUUGAUAGUGUUUUCGUAGGUUUCUUUUCUUUCUUGUUGUUGUUGCUGCUGCUGAGCUGAAAGCCUGAGAUGAUGAUGGAAACUGGAAACCGUACAUUGCCGUGUUGCCUAAAUAAAGAUGAGCGUCUUUUUUUUAUUUA